AAUACAGGAAUCAUUCCUGAAUCAGUCAUGGAAAACAGUGGUCUUAAUCGAGACCUUUGCGAUCCUGUAAAAUACUUUGAUYUACAACGCAUGAUGGUUGAUCAAAAUAAURUAACGAUGGCUUUGAAAAUGUCCGAGUAUGAAAAAGCAUUAGCUGAAAGGGAUUACACUAUUAAAUCCUUGCAUACAAAUAUGAUCAAUUCUCAAAAUAAUAACUAUAUUCUAAAUAACCAGUGCAAGAAUAUAAUGGAAAAAACAAAGUCAGUAAAUGAUACCUGUAUCCGCCUAAAUACAAGUUUCACAAAUAUUUGUGAGCGUUUAAACAGACUUGGCGACACUGUAGAUAAUGCAAGAAUCAGACAAAAAGAAGUUAUGACAUUAGUAGAUCAAACUACUAGUACAUUUCAAGAAAAAAUUUUAAGUAUUUCAGAUACUCUUGAUGAGUCAUUAAAACAAGUGAAUAUGGAAAAGAUAAGAACAAAACAAGAUUUAGAAAUUUUGCAAGAUAAGUAUUCUCUUGAUAUAACUGGUUUUAAAACAAAUUUACAAGAAUGUACUAAUGAAAUAGAAUACUUAAAAAAUGAAAAUAAUAUGUUAUUGGAAAAACUGAAUGAUUCAUACAUAAAAUUAAAUGAAGAAAAAGAAACUGUUUUGAAGCUUAACCAACGCUUUGAAACAGAAAUUAGAGAGAUGGAAAAUCAAAAUCUACUGAUUAUCAAUCAAAAUAAAUCCAUGAAUGAUAAUUUGAAUGAAAUAAUAAAUAAAAAUAAAAYUUUAGAAGAUGAACUUACCAUACUGAAGGUUUCUCUAAAUGAAAACAAAAAACAGUUAGAUAUACAAUCAAGUAUGAUUAAAGAGCAAUCAGAAUUGUGUGGUAAUCUAAAAAUAUCUGAGGAAUUAAAUAAUAAAUUAAAAAAAGAUAAUUUUACAUUAAAAGAACAUAAUCAAUAUCUUGAAGAAAUUAAUAAAAAUUUGGUGGAGGAGAUCGGCAGUAUUAAAUUGUCUCAACAUAGAAUUCAAGAAGAAACAGAAAACAAAUUUAAAGAUAUGUGUGAUAAUUAUGACAAUUUACUGAAAAUGCAAGAUGAGAGAUUGAAGGAUGGAACUGAAAAGUUAGCAUUACAAAAAGAAAAAGAGAUAAAAAAUCAAACUGAAGUAAUUGAAUUAAAGCAAGAAAUUGAUACGUCUAAUAAAACAAUAACUGGUUUACGAGAAGAGUUACAAGCUAAUUAUGUGUUGAUUCCAGAAUUACAAAAUAAAAUUGAU